CUACUUUGCUGACAGUAAAUCAACUCAAAAAAACAGAGUCCAAUUACGUCCCUUCAGCCUCCAGCAUUUAUCCUCUUGUAAAAUGGACGAUUGUUAGCAUUCAACGUCAGUCCCUUCUCUUGCGAGCUCUCCUCUCAAGAGGGCAACUGUGCAUUGUUAGAAAAGGGAGCCAUUUUAUGUGAUAUGAAAUGGCAAUGCCACUGGGGGCAACUGCAACAUGGGCAAGGGCUACACACAUUCAAACUGCAUUCUGCUUCACUUUGGAGCCCCCUUUGUCAAGGCUGAAAUGCCUUUACUCCAUAACUAGUUCAGGUAUUUCUAGCUCCCUGUCAAUAGAACAGAUACCCACUUCAAAAAAACUAAACUGUUAUAAGAGAAGUUUGUUAAAUCUUAUCCCGAACAAGAGGUGGAAAGCAACAGAUAGACAAUUUCAAAGGGCUUAUUGCUCAUGGAGUGCACAAGAAAGUGAGGACGAGCCCCUUGCUUCCCACGAACAAGUAGUGGUACCACCAGAAAGAUGGGAUGUGUUGGGACUUGGACAGGCUAUGGUUGAUUUUUCAGGAAUGGUCGAGGAUGACUUUUUAGAGAAGCUUGGAUUGCAAAAGGGAAUAAGAAAAGUUGUAAAUCAUGAAGAGAGGGGGAAAGUUCUUCGGGGAAUGGAUGGUUGUCAUUACAAAGCUGCUGCAGGGGGUUCUCUUUCAAACACACUUGUUGCCUUGGCAAGGUUGGGAAUGGGAUUGCAUGAAGCACCUACCAUUAAUGUGGCCAUGACAGGUACUGUGGGGAGUGACCCUCUGGGAGAAUUUUACAGGGCAAAAUUGCAACGAGCAAAUGUACAUUUUCUUUCAAAACCUGUUAAGAAUGGAACCACAGGGACUGUGAUUGUCCUGACAACUCCAGAUGCCCAAAGAACAAUGCUUUCAUAUCAGGGCAUGUCGUCCCUUGUAAAUUUUGAUUCCUCUCUAUCUGACCUGAUAUCCAAAUCAAGAAUUUUUGUGGUGGAGGGUUACUUAUGGGAAUUUCCUGAGACAAUAGAAGCUAUAGCCAAGGCAUGUGAGGCUGCACAUGGAAAAGGUGUCCUGGUGGCAAUUACUACAAGUGAUGUGUCCUGUGUAACGAGGCACCAAAAGAAGUUUUGGGAUAUCAUAGUCAAUCAUGCAGAUAUUGUUUUUGCAAACAGUGAUGAAGCACAGGCUUUGUGUGGGUUUUGCACAAGUAUAAGCCCAGAAAUGGCUGCAAGAUAUUUAAGUCAUUAUUCUUCUCUUGUUUCUGUCACAGAUGGUAUCCGGGGCUCCUACAUUGCAGUUAAAGGUGAAGUUACAUAUAUACCCCCUUCACCCUGUCUCCCUGUGGAUACCUGUGGAGCAGGUGAUGCGUAUGCAGCUGGAAUCUUAUAUGGACUAUUGAAAGGAUCCUCAAAUUUAAAAGCCAUGGGUAAUUUAGCUGCUAGAGUUGCUGCAGUUGUUGUAGGUCAACAAGGGACUAGGCUAAAGGAAGAGAAUGCCAGUGAGAUAGUUGAAACUUUUUCACAUUCUUUGCCUACUGAAACCCAGAUUAUGGAUAAUAACUCAUACAGUGAAUCAGAUCAGAUGUCAAGUAUUUGAAGAAUGCUCGAUCUAACAAAUUCAAGUUCCUAGCAGAUUUGAAUCUUAUGAGUGUUAAAUCAUCCAGUAAAUUCAGCAGCUCAGGAUUGCUGCUUCUGAAGGUUUGCAUACUCUGCUGAUAACAUAUGCACCAGUCUAUUUAAAGUAGCCAGUUGGAGACUUGUGCAUCGAGAUUCUUUGGUGGAUAAAUCCUUGCUUUCCUUUAUUGCUUGUGCUUCAGUUGCAAUCUAUGAACCAGCUCUUGUAUUUUCCACUCAGCAUUCGGAGUGGUACAUAUGCUGUGUAACAUUUUUAUUAAUUGAAUGCCAUUAUUAAUGAUUCCAUCUUU